AUGUUAGAAGCUGAAGCUAAGAGAGAAGCUGAAGAGAAAGCUAGAAAGGAGGAGGAAGAAAAGGCAAGAUUAGAAGCUGAAGAAAAGGCAAAAUUAGAAGCUGAAGAAAAAGCAAGAUUAGAAGAUAAAGAAAAAGCAAGAUUAGAAGCUGAAGAGAAGGCUAAGCAAGAAGAUGCUUCUGCUAAUCAAGAACCUGAUGGUAAAAAGGUGAUGACUUUUGCUGAACGUAUGAAAUUAAAAAAAUUACAAAAAGCUAAAGAAUCUUCUGAAAAGAAAGAAUCAUCACCAGCUGAAAUUCCUGCUUCUUCUAAUGUACCAACUACAUCUGAACUUCUAGAAACUCCAAAAGAAGAAACUAACGAAGUUCAAGAAGAAGAAGAUUCUACCUUUGUAGCAGAAGAACAAACCAAAAAGAUUGCGGAAGAAGAAGAAGAAAUUGAACAAGCUUCCAAAGAAGAAGAAGAAGUAGAAGAAGAGCAACAAAAUUUAGCUGAAACUCAACAAGAUGAAGAGGUAGUAGAAGCUGAAGGAGUCACAGUUUCUGAAAUCUUACAAAAAUUAAACGAAGUUCAAGCAAUUGAAAAUAUAUAUGACUUCAAAUAUCCAGAAAGUUUCGAAGCUCCAGACAUAAGGUAUAAGAAAGAGCACAUCAAAUACACUUAUGGUCCAACUUUCUUAUUACAAUUCAAGGAUAAUUUCAAGGCUGUUCCAGAUGCCGCUUGGGUUCAAAGUACUGCAUCUAAAAUUGUUAUCCCACCUGGAAUGAGCAGAUCAAACAGAUCUAGAGACUCUGGUAAAUUUGGCGGUCGUGGUGAUUUCAGAAGCGAUUCCAACAGAAGUGACAGAUCCAGAAAUUCCUCCAGAAGAUCAAGAAGAGAUGACCGUAGAUCUAACAGAUCCUACAGAAGAGAUCGUGACAGAUCAGAAAGAGGUGAAAAGAAGGAUGAAAAAGCCGAAGAAAAACCAAAGGAAGAAGUUGCUCCAUUGGUUCCAAGCGCUAACAGAUGGGUACCAAGAUCUAGGGCUAAGAAGGUUGAAACGAAAUUUGCUCCAGAUGGUGUGACCGAAUUGUACGAAAAGGAAGAAGUCGAAAGAAAGAUGAAAUCUUUGUUAAACAAAUUGACUUUAGAAAAGUUCGACUCCAUUAGUAGUGAAAUUUUAGCUAUUGCCAAUUUAUCUAAAUGGGAACAGGAUGGUGUCACGUUAAAAACCGUUAUUGAACAAAUAUUCUUGAAAGCUUGUGAUGAACCUCAUUGGUCUUCUAUGUACGCACAACUUUGUGGCAAGGUCGUUAAAGAUUUGGAUACUGAAAUUGCUGAUGAAAGUAAUGAAGGUAAGACUGGUCCAAAAUUAGUUUUACACUAUUUGGUUAUCAGAUGUCAAACUGAAUUUCAAAAGGGUUGGACUGACAAGUUACCUACAAAUGAAGAUGGUACGCCUUUGGAACCAGAGAUGAUGUCAGACGAAUACUAUCAAGCUGCUGCUGCCAAGAGAAGAGGUCUAGGUUUAGUUCGUUUUAUUGGUUACUUAUACCGUUUACACUUACUAACUGGUAAGAUGAUGUUCGAAUGUUUCCGUAAAUUGAUGAAGGAAAUGACUGGUAACCCAUCUGAAGAAAUCUUAGAAUCCGUUGUUGAAUUACUAGAAACUGUCGGUGAACAAUUUGAGAAUGAUAGAUUCAGUGCUGGUGCUGGAACCUUAGAAGGUUCUGCCUUACUUGAUAGUUUAUUCUCACUUGUACAAAAUAUUGUUGAUUCGGGUGAAAUAACGAACAGAGUCAAAUUCAAGUUACUUGAUGUGAAAGAAUUAAGAGAAGAAAAGGGCUGGUCUAGUAAUAAAAAAGAUAACGGUCCAAAGACUAUCCAACAAAUUCAUGAGGAAGAAGAAAGACAACGUUCGUUAAAGAGAGAAAGCUCAAGAUCUAGCUCUAAACGUUCAAACAGAGGAUCAAGAAGAGAUAAAGAAAGAGACAGAGAACCUUCUACGGUCAAAGAUAAGGAUAACUUUGUUACCACCAGAUCUUUCUCCCAAAGAAGUCAACAAAAGGCCCCAGUUAAGGAAGAGCCAACUCCAGCUGCUCCAGCUGCCAGUAACAUGUUUAGUGCAUUAAUGGACAAUAGUGACGAUGAAGAAUAG